AGCAAAAUGAGAGAAUCUUUAUCACUCCUUGUGUAUCCAACGUGGGACGAAAGAACGACCGUCUGUUUAAAAAGAAAGUAAAGUCCGGGAGGGUGAAAAACAAGCGGUGGAAACGGUCAGAAGUGCGAGGUGAAUUUGUGAAUUAUCGGAGUUUUCAAGAUAAAAGCUUCCCGGUUCCUUUAACCGCGCGCAGGGUCAGUAAAGAGAGAGCGAGAGAGAGACGCAAAGUUCAUAACAGUCGGACGUCUUUACUGGAACCUUUGGCUUCAAAAGUGCUUUAUCACAAUCCACUCGAGUGAUCCAAACUCCUGCAUUCGCAGUCGGAAAAGCGAAGAAGCGAGAGCCUCAAACUUUUUUUUUUUUUUUUAAAGAGUGCGGUUUUUCCUGAGGUAAAGUUUCUUCAAAGCGCCGACGAUCGCAGAUUUUCUUUCAACACACUCGUAUGGAGUUAAUGGACACGAUCUACUAUGGUUUUACUUUUCAGAAUAGCGAAUCACUUGGGAUCAAAACAUUAUAAGAACUUCAGAAACAUCGACGAUUUAAAGUCCUCAAACUACAUUUGAUCCAGUCGAUCUCUCUUGCCAAAACAAAGCGCCUGUCUAUCUCCCAUCCAGACCCUCUUUUCAACCUUUUAAGGACAACUGCAUUUAGUUUUGGCUUCUGGACAAGUUUCUUGUAUUGCCUCGUCGUGAUUCACCUUUGAUUUAAGUUAGCGGGGGAGAUAACAUUUGACUGUGGACCGUUUUCAAGUCCAGGACUGAUGUAUUGGCCCAGAACAACCCGGUGUGAUUUCACAUUACCGCUGGGUAAACAAACAACUUAAUGAAGGCGAAUUACUCGGACUCUGGGAAACUCAAUAAGCUCGAGCUGUCCGUUUGUGGAUGAGAGAGAGACCAGUCGUUAAGCGCUGAGACAACUGGAUACAAAAUGGCGGCGUGGCUGGGACAGAUGGGAUCACUUUCAUAUCGUGUGUUUUAUUGGUUUUUGACGCUGGAACUGAUCAUCAAUUACGGCGCACCGUGUCCUCAAAACUGUACGUGUACGCUUGAUACGUCCGACUGCAGUCAUUUAGACAUUACUGAUGUCCCUCAAGACUUGCCUAAGAGCACUGUCCAUCUAAAUCUGAGCCACAACAAGCUUGCGGCAGUCGAUAUGGACAUCCUCUCCAAUCUGCCUAACCUGAAAGAAGUGAGGCUUGACCACAAUGAACUGACAUCCAUCCCUUCAUUUGGAGACGCAGCAGCAAUAGUCGUUACACUCUUCUUGCACCAUAAUAAAAUUCGCAGACUGGAUGGGAAGCUGCUGCAGAACUUCACUGCUCUGGAGACUCUAGAUCUGAGUAAUAAUGACAUCACGGAGCUGAGGGAGCACUGCUUCCCUCCAGGGUUACAAAUCAAGGACCUGCACCUGAGCAGUAAUAAGAUUGUUCAUCUGGAGUUCGGGGCAUUUAAGAAUCUUGCCGGGAGUCUGCAGAUCCUAAAACUGAACCGGAACCGACUGACCCACCUUCCUGUUAAAGGCCUGGAGCUGCCCAAGCUCACACAACUGGAGCUGAGCAGGAACAAGUUGCGGUUGAUUGAGGGACUCACCUUCCAAGGUUUGAGCAGUUUAGAAGUUCUCAAGCUUCAGAGAAACAACAUCAGCAAGUUGACGGAUGGGGCGUUCUGGGGUCUGGCCCGGAUGAGGGUUCUGCACCUGGACUAUAACAGUCUGCAUGAGGUGAACAGCGGCUCUCUGUACGGUCUGGAGUCGCUCCUGCAGCUCUAUCUCUCCAACAACUCCAUCUCUAGCUUUAACCCUGAGGGCUGGGGCUUCUGUGAGAGACUCCGAGAACUGAACUUGCCCUAUAAUAACCUGACUAAGCUGUCCGAGGGUGGCUUUGCCAAACUGGUGAACCUGAUCUCGCUGCGUUUGGGACACAACUCCAUCAGUCACAUCACGGAGGGAGCGUUUAGAGGCCUUAGUUCCCUACGGACGCUGGAGUUGGACCACAAUGACAUCUCCGGCACUAUAGAGGACACCAAUGGGGCCUUCACUGGCCUAGAAAACCUCCACAAGCUAACUCUGUUUGGAAACAAGAUCAAGUCGGUGGCCAAGAAAGCCUUCUCGGGCCUGGAGGCUCUGGAGCACCUGAACUUGGGGGAAAAUGCCAUCCGCUCCAUCCAACCCGAGGCAUUUAGUAAGAUGAAGAACCUGCGUUACCUUCAUAUUCAGAGUGAUAGUUUUCUGUGCGACUGCCAGCUGCAUUGGUUUCCCGAGUGGCUGGUAACACGAGGGCUGAAGCCUGGCGUUCAGGCCACAUGUGCCCACCCAGAGAGCCUAAAGGGCACCAGCGUCUACCAGGCCCCACCACAGAGCUUUGUUUGUGAUGACCUUCCCAAACCCCAGAUCACCGUCCACCCUGUCACCACGGCAGCAGUAUUGGGCAAAGAUGUGCGUCUGACCUGUACGGCCGCCAGCAGCAGCAGCUCGCCCAUGACCUUCACCUGGCUCAAGGACCAGGAGACGCUACGUCAAGCCGAGGUGGAGAAUUUCGCCCACGUACGGGCCAGUGACGGAGGUGUAAUGGAGUACACCACUAUCCUCCACCUCCGGCACGUCACCUUCAACCAUGAGGGCCGCUACCAGUGCAUCAUCAGCAAUCACUUUGGCUCCUCUUACUCUAACAAGGCCCGCGUCACUGUAAACGUGCUGCCUUCAUUUGUCAAGACCCCACGCGACAUCACGAUCCGCACGGGCACGAAGGCAAGGUUGGAGUGUGCGGCUGAAGGACAUCCGACUCCCCAAGUGGCGUGGCAGAAAGAUGGCGGUACAGAUUUCCCUGCCGCCCGAGAGCGCCGCAUGCGUGUGAUGCCUGAUGACGAUGUCUUCUUCAUCAUGGACGUGAAGCCUGAGGAUAUGGGGGUGUACAGCUGCACGGCAAAAAACACGGCGGGCAUGAUCUCUGCAAACGUCACUCUAACAGUGCUAGAAACCCCUCAUCUGGCACAGGAAAUGGAGGAUCGAAAUGUGGUGGUGGGUGAGACCGUUGCGUUGCAGUGCAAGGCUUUAGGCAGCCCACCUCCUCGCAUCACCUGGCUAAAGGGGGAGGAGCCUCUCAGACCCAGCGACCGUCACUACUUCACUCCAGGCAAUCAGCUCUUGGUGAUCGGCAGCACCACCUUAGAAGAUGCUGGACGCUACACCUGUGUCAUGUCCAACACGCUCGGCACAGAGCGCGCUCACUGCCAGCUGAAUGUUUACCAGCGAUUUGAGGAUUGUGCGCCUUUUUCAAGCCCCAGCACUGUUACUGUGGGAAUCAUCGUCAUCGCCGUGGUCACCAGUAUUGUGGUGACGUCACUUGUUUGGGUGUGUAUUAUCUACCAGACGAGGAAGAAGAGCGAGGAGUGCAGUGUAAACACAGACGAGACAAUUGUCCCUCCUGAUGUCCCCAGUUACCUGUCCUCUCAGGGCACUUUAUCAGAGAGACAGGACGCGUGUAUACGAGUGGAGUCCAAUGGUGGAUCUCAACCCAACGGACGCAUAGAAAACAAUGGCUAUGAUGAGCCAGUCGUGUGUACAGACUGCUUGGAAAACGGUACCAGCUACUCCAAACACUGUAACUACCUCCCUCACGGGAUAGCGCUCCCUUCAGGCCUGGAGUAUCAGCAGGCACACCAAACAUCAACUUUCACCAGCCACAGCAAUGAACCACACUGCAAUGGCACACCCAACGGGGUCAGGAAAGACAACCAAACUCCCAUCUUUCCCACCAACCACGACAGGGUGACAAUAUCACCCUCAUCGCACCAGUACAACGACCGAAAAGGAUUGUUGGUGAUUAGGUCAGACACACCUCCCUCACUUGAAGAGAGCUACCAUCGGCCAGUAAAGCUCCUGUCUGGGGACUGUGACAUUGGGUCCGAGCUUAAACAGACUCCAUUACCCAACGGACACGCGCAUAUGCCCGAUGCCAGCUCAAGCGAGAGCGAAUCCUUCAGACGGGCCAGUGACUAAUGCCUCACCAACCCUCUUCUUUAUCCUUUUGCACUGAGAACUGCUACCUCACACUGAGGGGCACAGACAAAGCUGCCCCCAUUCAUCUAAAUGCAGAAUUGGGGUGUCCGGAGUUUGAAGGCGAAGCUUGAGUGGGGCGAUGAUGUCCCAUGCGAGCGUUAAUGAUGUAUAUAGAUAUAAUCCUCCUCAGGGAGGCUUUGUUCACACUUCAGAAAUGUGACUUGCAUUUGAUGCAUGCAAAAUGUAUGACAGAGUGCUAUAACAUUGGACUUUGAGCUGUACAUAAGAGUUUUCAUAUAUAAAUAUAUGAAUGUACGUAUUCUAUAACUUUUACAAAAGAGUGUUUAACUCUAUUCGGUGCAUGGUGAGAUCAGAGUGGCUUUAUUUUAUUUUUAUUUCUUAGCUUUUUUUUUUUUUUUGUGAACAGAUCUCUCCUAGUUUUCCCAGUUUUAUGAGCAGUGCCUUAUUGCAAGAUCAAAGGAUCCACCAGUCAGUUGUUUGUUGGGAGGUGUCUGUAUACUUUCCCUCUCACAAAUGGGAAUUUUGUCAUGCACUUGAAGUUUAGACAACCCAAUCAUAAUAGAUCACCUUAAAGGAAUAUUCCAGGUUAAAUACAAGUUAAAGGGUUUUUUAGAAAUAUCAGGGAAUUUACUUUGUUUGUUCUUGUUUUAUUUUUUUGAUGACUAGAAACUAAUAUCAUCUACAAAAAUAGAAAAGUCUUGGACAUUUCUAUAGUGAAUAUACUAUACCAUUCAAAAGUU